GUGUGUGUGUGUGUGUGUGAGAGAGAGAGCGAGAGAGAGCGAGAGAGAGAGAGAGCUGGUGUCUUAAAACGGAGACGCGAUGGGAAUAUUUGCAGAAGUUGCACACGAAGAGACGAGGCUGCUGUGGGUUUAAAGGGAAAUUGCCGCGUCGGUCAUUCAGUGUUGCUGCCGCUUUACGCUCGAGUGGUAAAAGAUGCGGGUUUAGCAGCGCCCGGCCAGAAGAGCGGACCGAGGGUUCUCUGUGCCAUGGCUCACUUCAGGCUGCAGAACGUGGAGGACUUCUAUGAGAUAGGAGAAGUGUUAGGCAGCGGUCAUUUCGGCCAGGUGCGGGAGCUCACGGAGCAGAGCAGCGGCACCCUCUGGGCGGGGAAGUUCCUGAAACUCCAGCGCAGCGCCAGCAGCCGUCUGGGUGUGGAGCGGCGGAGCGUGGAGCGUGAGGUGGAGAUCCUGCAGGCAUUGCCUCACGCCCACAUCAUGGCCCUGCACGACGUGUUCGAUAGCCGUGCCGAAAUUGUGCUCGUCGUGGAGCUUAUCAGUGGAGGAGAACUGUUUGACUUCAUUGCUGAAAAGGAGAACCUCAUGGAGAACGAGGCCAUUGGGUUCCUGAAGCAGAUCCUCAGUGGCGUUGCCUUCAUGCACAGUAAACAGAUUGCCCACUUCGACCUGAAGCCGGAGAACAUCAUGCUGUCUGAUAAGAGUGCGGAGCUCCCUGAGAUCAAGAUCAUUGAUUUUGGUUUGGCUCAGCGUUUCACUCCUGGAGAGGAGUACAGGAGCCUGUGUGGCACACCACAGUACAUUGCUCCUGAGGUGGUAAACUAUGAGCCCCUUACUGUAGCCUCUGACAUGUGGAGUAUGGGUGUUAUUACCUAUAUACUAUUAAGUGGUAUGUCGCCUUUUCAAGGAGACUCUGACGAGGAGACACUAAGAAACAUUGUAGAUAUGAAAUAUGAAUUUGAAGAUCAAUACUUUAGUGCUACAAGCGACAUGGCGAAAGAUUUCAUUCAGAAGCUGCUCAUAAAAGAUCAGAGCGAGAGAAUGACAGCAGAGGAAUGUCUGAUGCACCCGUGGAUCAAGCCUCUGACGCACAGACAGGCAGCUAGCAGAAGUCGCUCAUCCAUCAACAUGAAAAACUUCAAGAAGUUCAAUGCCAGAAGAAAGUGGAGGAUGUCCUAUAACAUGGUGUGGGUCUGCAACAGGCUGUGUCGUCUACAGCUACUGUGUAAACAGGCACAGGAGGACGAGGAGCUGAGGAGUUGUGAGAGUGACCAAGAGGACAUCGCGAUCAAGCCUGCCUCCCUGAUCCGUCGCAGGCUGAGCAGCAAUUCCUAAAGUUCACCACUAGGGGGCACCCUCUAAACAUGGUUCCCAAACGAAAUGUAAUUGGGUGAUAAAGUAACCCUGGCGAGUUUAGUUUUGCGGACCCAGAGUUCAGCCUCAGUUGGUUAGAUUUGUGUUGCCUAAGUAUUUCAGUACAUAUAGUUAGUGACCCUGUUUGCAGCCUUCAUUGCACGGGUUUAUGGGUAUUUCUUUAUAGGAUUUCAGUACAGUACAGAUUUUAUUCCAUAAAUACCUUUUACAUUUUUGGUUAGAAACUUUUUUUAAUUAAAGGAGGGUUUGGUGGCCCGUGAAAACACUGAAAGUACAAAGACUUUACGUGAAAAGCUUCAGUGUUUUAGUCAUUUCAUAAGCUUGUUUAAAACGAGCAAAGGAACCCACAAAACCACAAUUACCACAAAUAUGACUAAAACUCACCUGAAUCAUACAUGGAGCAGGGAGUAUUUUUUUUUACCUUGCUCUCGAAGAGUGUCCUCAGUUUACAUUUGCAUUUUAACUUUGUUUUAUAGUAGCAGAAUGACAUUUCAGUGGGGUAUUAUCUUUUACAGGAAAUGUCAGCAUGUCCUGUAAAUGUCCCCAGAGCCUUGCAGCCUUCUAGUUUAUCUUAAAUAUUAAGCAGCUAAAGUGUGAACUGAUGUACUGUUUACAGGCAAUUCACCUCAUUGCUACGCUGGGAUCAGGCAAUUACACCCAUGUAAUUUACUGACACAGUAACAUUAACAUUUGCAGCUAGCAUUUGUGUAGCGUGAAGGCCAAAGCUAGCAUGUCCCAUAGCAUCUCACUUAAAGUGUAACCUGAAGACUCUAACUUGAAGAAUUCUUUCUUCGUUUUUUUUAAACCAUGUUCAGAGCUCUGUCUAAAGGGAAAUGUUUCAUUAUAUUGUAUUAAAUCAAACAAUCGUGGGAAAACGGUUGCAGAAUUCUCCUGAUGGGAUUUUUAAAAAAACAUUUUAGACUCUAUUGGGAUUUAAAUUGUUUAAACUGGGGCUCUGUGAUUAUUAAAGAAUGCAAAAACUUUGUGUA